UACGAUCCCAGAUACCUGAAUACACGUAUAACUAGAAACCUUGAAAUUUACGACCUCGAUUAUACCGAGCAGAUGAAAGUCAGGUUUCAGUAGCGUUUCCAUCGUUCUUAGUCUGUCAACGUGAAGCAACGCUAUAAGAUGACCACGAUGACGAGUGAUAACGAUUUGACAAAUUUUUACGAGACGGUAGAAAUCCUGGCUAGAGAUGCGGGAAAGGUUAUAGCUGAAGCUAUAAACAAGGAAAAGAAAGUCUCAGUUAAAGGAAUCGAUUGGGAUUUAGUGACGGAAUACGAUCGAAGAGUGGAGGAAACUGUAAUAACCAGCUUGUCAGCAAAGUUUCCCAGUCACAAGUUUAUAGGAGAAGAAGAUGUGGCGAAAGAAGGUAAACCACCAGAAUUGACUAACGAUCCCACUUGGAUAAUUGAUCCAAUAGACGGAACGACUAACUUUGUUCACAAGUUUCCUCACGUUUGUAUCUCCAUCGCUUUGGUCAUCAAUAAAAGAGUUGAAAUCGGAAUUGUUUACAAUCCUGUGAUAGAACAAUUCUUCUCUGCAGUGAGGGGAAGAGGAGCUUUUCUAAAUGGGACUCGGAUCCGAACUUCUGGUGUUCAAGACCUUUCGCAUGCUCUGGUCGGAAUGGAACCAUGGUUAGCCAAAGAUGAAAAACAUACCAUAAGUGUAUAUAGCAGAGCACAUUUUUUAAUUCAGAGGACUCACGGAAUUAGAUCCCUGGGACUGGCUGCGUUAAGUCUAUGCUAUGUGGCGAUGGGCGCAAUCGAAGCAUAUCACAUCGAAGGCAUAGACCCAUGGGACGUGGCUGCCGGACAAUUAAUUAUCGAAGAGGCUGGGGGGACGGUUGUGGAUACCACUGGUGGAGUUUUAGAUUUGAUGAACCCAAAAGUGAUUGCAGCCUGCAAUCGUGAAAUAGCUGAACAAAUUGUUAAUCUAUUCAAGGAAACAGACAGCAUAACUCAGAAAAAAAUAUCAGACUUCUUGCCACUGAUAAAUUCAAAUGCUCAAUAAUAUUUUAUUUGUAUCUUGUACCGUAUGUGAGUGAAGAGAUUAGAAAAAUCGUCACAUAUAUGUUCAAGUUCUGAAAUUGUUCUUUAUUCUCUUAACUUAAUUCAUCCUUUGAAUUAUAACUAUUAAAUUUAAACC